CAUGCAUACACACCACACACACACACACACACACACACACCACCACCACACUCUACACGCCACCGCUGUUGGAGCUGCUUUGCACUAGAAAUUAGCAACCAACAACACACUCAUAACCAGCUGCCCGCUGCCUGACACCAGACAUCAGAACAACUUGCUGCCAUCACAUUUAGACACACAGGAAGGCAUAGACUGUUGACUCCCUCAGCCUGUCAGUUGUUCUACUAUGUGAUGUUUCACAUCCAUCUGCUCAUGUUCUCAGGGCUCUGAUCUGACCUCUCACCUGACCUCUACCUGCACCUGCACCUCACCACAGACUGACUCACCUGGAGAGGGAAUCUACCUGGUGAAACUACAGGAAGGGAGUUGGCCAAUCUUGGCGGUUAGGCUAAGGAAGAGGAGGGGGAGUGUAGAAUGGUUCUGUAGAUAACAGAGGAACUGUUCAAACACAUAUCCUGCUGUCAGAUUUACCUUGCUACAGCAUUUCCAGUCCAGUCUCUGCUGCUGUUCUCAGAUUCCUCUCCUGUCCAAAUGUGGGGACAGAAUGAAUGUGUGUGACAGUUUGUGAGUGUGAGAAUAUGAAUCUGAAUGUCUCUGGUCUGGGGGAGGAGCUUCCUGUUAACUCCUCCUCCUUGCGGUGUUCCUAUGAUGUGAUUGGUUGGGAGCAGCGAAUGGAGCAGCUGUAUUUUUGGUUCUACCUGCUGCUCUUCAUCCCUGGUCUCUGCCUCAACACCACGGCUCUCUGGGUGCUGUGUAGACACAUCAGUAAAAAGACCAAGGCAGUGAUCUUCAUGGUGAACCUGGCUCUGGCUGACCUGCUGCAUGUCCUGUCUCUGCCUCUAAGGAUCCACUACUACCGGACACACACCUGGCCCUUUGGACAAACACUGUGUCUGUUCUGUUUCUACCUCAAAUACCUCAACAUGUACGCUUCCAUCUCCUUCCUGGUGUGUAUCAGUGUCCAGAGGUGUGUGUUUUUGCUUCACCCCUUCUAUGCCAGACGGUGGAGACGGCGUUAUGACCUGUUGAUCAGCGCCACCGUGUGGCUGGUGGUGGGAAUAGGUUGCUCCCCCUUUAUCAUCAUGAGGAUCAGCAACAUACCUGUACCCAGCUCUAACCCCAGCCAUUACACUGGUAGCCCAAUACCAUACUCCAUACCCUACACCUUACCUUACACAAGCCCCAGCCCCAGCCCCAGCCCUAGCCCCAGCCCUAGCCCCAGCCCCAGCCCCAGCCCCAGCCCUAGCCCUAGCCCCAGACCCAUCGACGGCUGUUUUAAGGACCUGCCCACCAGGAAACUGCCACUGCCCCUGGUGGCAGCCGUGAUGGUGCUAGCAGAGCUGUUUGGGUUUGUGUUGCCGCUUGGUGCCAUCACCUACUGCUCUCUCCGGAUCGCUCACUCACUGAGACAGAGACACGGACAGGACAGAGAGCACUGGGAUAGCAUUAACCACCACCACAACCACCGCUACCCCCCGACCAGCCAGGCCCAACCCUCAGCCCAGACGGACAGGCAGACGGACAGGCAGACGGACAGGCAGACGGACAGGCAGACGGACAGACAUACGGACAGGCAGACGGACAGGCAGACGGACAGGCAGACGGAGAAAGAUAAGCGUCGCGCCCUGAGGAUGGUUAUGAGCUGCUCGGCGCUCUUCCUUUUAUGUUUUGCUCCGUACCACGUAAAUUUCCUGUUGUACCUGAUGGUGUCUCAGGGUAUAGUGUCCCACUGCCCCACAGUGCUGGUGGUACGUCAUUUCCACCCUGUUUCUCUGUGUGUAGCCAGUCUUUCCUGCUGUCUGAACCCUCUGUUGUAUUACUUCCUCACUGCAGAGUUCAGACAGCACCUCUCCCAAAGCACCUCCUCCCUCUCCUCCUCCAUCAGGGGGCGGCUCAUGAGCCUGGAGAGCACCUCCUCCUUUAGGGAGUAACACCUCCUGUAGGGAGCACUUUGUCCCCUCCUCCUCCUCUCCUCUCCUCUCCUCUCUCCUUCUCUCCUCUUCCUCAUCCUUUUACUCCUCCUCCUCCUC